AUGCUUUCAAUUUUGAGGAAGGCCAGAUUGAAGGACAAAGAACUCAGGAUAUUGAUGCUAGGUCUCGAUAAUGCGGGCAAGACCACCAUCGUCAAGAAGAUUAUGGGCGAGGACGUCAACACCGUUAGCCCGACCCUCGGGUUCAUCAUCAAAACCAUAGACUACGAGGGGUACAAGUUAAACAUCUGGGACGUCGGAGGGCAAAAGACGCUACGGUCAUAUUGGAGAAACUAUUUUGAGAAGACAGAUGUGCUGAUCUGGGUGGUCGAUGCUACGGACCGACUGAGGAUUGAGGACUGCAGGGCCGAACUACACGGCCUGCUGCAGGAAGAGAGGCUAGCCGGUGCUAGCCUCUUGGUCUUUGCCAACAAGACCGACGUUGAAGGGUGCAUGACGGGAGAUGAGAUACUGGAGACGCUGAAAUUAAAGCACAUCCGAACUCACCAGUGGCACGUCCUGCGGUGCAGCGCCAUGACGGGCGAAAACCUCGACGAAGGGCUGGCCUGGGUUGUCCAAGAUGCAAAGGCAAGGCUGUUUUUGUAUUGA